GAGUGAGUCGGAGCGGAACAUUCCUCCUACGCUCUUAGGAUGGCCACUGGGAUUUGGGACCACCCUCAAGUCUCAACAUCAAUACUAGUUUUAACAUUCUCUACUUGUCUUUGUUGUGUCGAUUUUCAUCCUUCCUUGUGCCAACGCCCAACGGAGAAGGCUCGAUUUUCUCGGAGAUCAUAAAAUCAAAUUCUUAUCCUUCUUUGGUUCUCACAUAUAAAUAAAGGCAGAGGACAGACGCAGAAUAGGAAGUACCGUAAUUGCAAAUUCUUAUCCGCGCUCUGCAUGCAAAGCUAUUCAUCUCUCUCUCUCUCUCUCGCUGUGUGUGAAAUCUUUACUCUUCAGUGGAUCCUUUGAAGGAGGUCUGUAGGAUUUUGAGUUCGCUUGGAAAAAUGGCGGCGGUAGUAGAGGGGCCGUUUCCGCUGGAGCUUCUAGAGAAGGAGAGUUCCCCUGAGCCAUCAGAUGCUGUGGUGUUCGUUGGAAUCAGUUUGGCGUUGGGCGUGGCUUCGAGGCAUCUCCUUCGCGGAAAUGGAGUCCCUUACACGGUUGCCUUGCUCAUAAUUGGCAUUGCUCUUGGGUCUCUAGCAUAUGGUACAAAUCAUCGAUUAGGGAAGAUCGGCGAUGGGAUUAGUCUUUGGGCAAAUAUUAAUCCUGACCUUCUAUUGGCUGUUUUUCUUCCUGCUUUUCUUUUCGAGAGCUCCUUUUCGAUGGAAGUGCACCAGAUAAAGAGAUGCAUGGUACAGAUGGUUCUACUUGCUGGUCCAGGUGUUCUAAUUUCAACCUUCUGUCUUGGAUCUGCUUUGAAGCUCACAUUUCCUUAUAAUUGGAGCUGGGAAACAUCAUUGUUGCUAGGAGCGCUUCUUAGUGCGACUGACCCUGUUGCCGUUGUGGCCUUGAUGAAGGAGCUUGGUACAAGCAAAAAAAUGAGCACGAUAAUUGAAGGAGAGUCCUUGAUGAAUGAUGGGGUAGCUAUUGUGGUAUAUCAUCUAUUCUAUCAAAUGGUGCUUGGACGGAGCUUCAGUGUGGGAGAUGUUAUCAAAUUUUUAACACAAGUUUCACUUGGGGCUGUAGGUAUUGUUCUUGCCUUUGGAAUAGCAUCUGUUUUGUGGCUGGGGUUUAUUUUCAAUGAUACAGUGAUAGAGAUUACAUUGACACUUGCUGUUAGCUAUAUUGCCUAUUUCACUGCUCAAGACUGGGCUGCUGUUUCAGGUGUGUUGACGGUUAUGACUCUUGGGAUGUUCUAUUCUGUUGUUGCAAGGACUACUUUUAAGGGUGAAGAUCAGCAGAGUUUGCAUCAUUUUUGGGAAAUGGUCUCUUAUAUUGCUAAGACUCUAAUUUUCAUCUUAAGGUCAGUCAUGAAUUCAGCAUUCUUAAGGGAUUUUCUUGUCUUGUACUUCUGA